AAUCCAUCCCAGAAAAACAAUGAAGGAGAAGGACUCCUCCUCUAAGCCCACGUGGCGCCCUCUCACGGCGAAAUCGUGCUGCGCGGUGGACGAAGGCGACACCCUGUUCUGCGGCAACUUCAGCCGGUGCCGGCCGUCACGGUCGGAAUUCUCGAAGAACGUGGCCCCGCUGCCGUCGUUCAGGAAGCUGUCGUUCUCCGACGUCAGCAGGUCGUCGUCGGUGAGGAUAGCGGAGGAUCUGGCCCAGUCGUUUGGGCCGGACCUCUACGACUUCCAGCUCAGCGAGCUGCGGGCCGUUACCCAGAACUUCUCGGCCCAUUUCUUGCUUGGGGAAGGCGGGUUCGGGCGGGUGCAUAAGGGGUACGUGGACGAGAGCUUGCGGCAUGGGCUUAAGGCCCAGCCUGUUGCUGUGAAGCUCCUCGACAUUGAAGGCCUCCAAGGCCACCGUGAAUGGCUAGCAGAAGUGAUAUUUCUAGGGCAGCUUCGGCACCCAAACUUGGUGAAGCUGAUAGGGUACUGCUGCGAGGAGGAAGACCGUCUGUUGGUCUACGAGUUCAUGCCCCGGGGCAGUUUGGAGAAUCAUUUGUUCAGAAUUAUAAACAUGCAUCAUAUAAUUGCAGGACUGUCGAUGACGUUGCCAUGGGGAACAAGAUUGAAGAUAGCGAUCGGCGCAGCCAAGGGUCUGGCCUUCUUGCACGGCGCUGAAAGUCCGGUCAUCUAUCGCGACUUCAAAACCUCCAACGUCCUUCUUGACUCCGAUUUCACGGCGAAGCUGUCAGAUUUUGGGCUGGCGACGAUGGGCCCAGAAGGAUCAAAGUCCCACGUCACCACCCGAGUGAUGGGAACCUACGGCUACGCAGCGCCCGAGUACGUCUCCACGGGCCACCUGACGACCAAGAGCGACGUCUACAGCUUCGGCGUCGUUUUGCUGGAGCUGCUCACGGGGAGGCGGGCCAUGGACAAGUCGAGGCCCAAGCCCGAGCUGAACCUGAUCGACUGGGCCAAGCCAUACCUCAGCGGAGGGAGCAGCAGGCGGCUCCGCUACAUCGUGGACCCGAGAUUUGCCGGGCAGUACUCGGUGAAAGGGGCCAGGCUGCUGGCCCAUCUGGCGGCCCAGUGCGUGAGCUUGAACCCAAAGGACAGGCCCAAAAUGCCGGCCGUCGUCGAUGCUCUCGUAGCUCUCCAGCAGUACAGCGACAUGGCUGUGAGCUGUGGUCAGUGGCCGCCGUCGGCCAAGUCUUCUUCCAGGUUUGGGGCUUCCCCUAAUACCAAAGGUAGGAGGAUGGUCGACGGCAGCCGAGGUUCUGGCUACCGGAAAUCGGCUCCGGCCGCCGCCACGGCGAAGAAGGUGUAGCAAGGACUGGUUUUGGGUUCGAGGGGAGUGGUGUCAAAGUGUAGAUUAUGGUACUUAAUUUGUGUUUUAGUUCUUGCGUGAUCCUCCUACUUCUGCUUUGUAAAUAUUUAUGGAG